AUGUUGAAAGAGACGCUCAAGUGGCGUAUCCAAUACAGGCCAGACAAGAUCAAAUGGGAUGAUAUUGCUCAAGAAGCUGCGAGGGGGAAAAUUUACAGAGCAAACUAUUCGGACAAAAAUGGAAGGACUGUGCUUGUUAUGAGACCUGGAUUACAGAAUUCAAAUUCUGUAGAGGAGCAAAUAAAGUGCUUAGUAUAUUGCAUGGAGAGCGCUAUAUCGAACCUAGAUGAAGAUCAAGAGCAAAUGGUUUGGCUAAUCGAUUUUCAAAAAUGGAAUAUGGCUUCGAUUUCGGUCAAAGUAACUCGCGAAACGGCUCGUGUGUUACAAGAUCAUUACCCCGAGAGGCUCGGUAUCGCAGUUUUCUAUAACCCCCCCAAAGUUUUUGAGUCGUUUUGGUUGAUGGUGAAGCCGUUUCUCGAGACCAAGACAUACAAGAAAGUGAAGUUUGUGUACUCGGAUCAUCCUCCGAGUAUGAAGGUAAUGGAAGCUUUAUUCGACAUGGAGAAGCUCGAGUCGACUUUUGGCGGGAAGAAUGCGGAGAAUUACGACUAUGAAUCUUAUGCGGAGCGAAUGAAGAAAGAGGAGAAACAAAAAUAUUCCAAAAACUUCGGUGGUGCUAAAAAAUCCGGCGAUGGAUCACCGUCGGAUCGAAUGAGUGUGGUUUCUGAAGUGACCGACUCGGAUUUCUUGGCUUCGGAAGUUUGCUCUCAAGUGUCUGAUGAAGCUGAUUUUUCGUACAAGAACGAGAUAGGUUCGUAUUUGGAGGGUCUUGAUGAGAUCGAACGGUUGCAGAUCGAUUGCAAGGAUAACAUCGACGGUGGAGAUGAGGUGUCUCCGACGGCGUUUUUCACCAUACUGGCGUUGAUGUACGUCACUUACAAGGUGGUCAGCGGCAUGUUUGUCGCCGCCGACGAUUACGCCGCCGUCAAAAGAGCAAACGAAUUCGCCCUCCGCGAGCCGGUUCAGAUGGGCGACGCCGUCACGGAGGAGGAGCUGAGAGCUUACGACGGCUCCGACCCGAACAAACCCUUGCUCAUGGCUAUCAAAGGACAGAUCUACGACGUCUCUCGUUCCAGAAUGUUUUACGGACCCGGUGGGCCCUACGCACUGUUUGCUGGUAGAGAUGCAAGCAGAGCACUGGCUCUCAUGUCGUUUGAACCUACAGACCUCACUGGGAAUGUCGAAGGUCUGAGUGAAUCUGAAUUGGAGGUUCUUCAAGAUUGGGAAUAUAAGUUCAUGGAGAAGUAUGUUAAGGUGGGGCAAUUAGUUUCGAAAACCUCAGCGCCCAAAGAAACUGAAAACGAAGGCGAAGCAAGCAAACUUCAUGAAGAUAAAUCAGAGGAAACAAGAACUGAAUGAAAUGAAGUGCAGUAGAAGACAAUAUGUAACUGAAAAGUUUCUUAUUAGGUCUCGUUGAUUGUGUAUAUUGCCAUAAAAAAAUAUCUCGAUUCCCGAACAUGUCUGGUUAUGAAUUCAAAUGUAAGAGAAUAACUCAAAUGCUGUUUGUUUUCAGAAUGAUCAGUUUCCGGCAAGAAUUCAACUUUCACUGAUGUGCAUGAUAGUAAAGGUUUAUUUGAGUUAAAAGCUUUU